GGGCGAGGGGGCGCGCUCACACAAAGUUUGUACUUGCCGGUGCGCAGCCGUCGGGCUCCACCGGCUCAGAGAGCAGAGAGCGGAGGGUGGGCGGCCCUGUACUGAAGGGCUCGGCAGGCUGCGGUGGCGGCGUUGGAGAUGCGCCGCUCCCUGCCGAGCCUGUCCCGCCGCGCUAGGUGAGGCGGCUCCGGGAGCGCGGCCGCGGCCAUGGGCACCCUGGGCAAGACGAGAGAGGCUCCGCGGCUGGAUUUCAUUAAAAGUUUAACCCGAAAUUGUGACCUCUGUGGAGGUACCUGUGCCUGAAGAGGAUUUCACCCUAACCAGUCAGACUUUUGACAAUCUCCUGCAGCAAAUUGGCUGGCGCCUUAGCCAGUUUUAGCCUCGGGAAAUACCUUCAAGUUAAUUUUUUUCCUCUUGGGCGUUUUUCUUUUUUUUUUAACACACAAGGGAACUGGAAACCUUCUCAUGGCGGCAGAGCUGCCCCUAAAACAAGACUAGAGGCAAAGCCAGCCAGCAGCCCCUGCCCCUCCCAUCCCAGCCUGGCCCAGAUCACCCAGUUCCGAAUGAUGGUGUCUCUGGGACAUCUAGCCAAAGGAGCCAGCCUGGACGAUCUCAUCGACAGCUGUGUUCAGUCUUUCGAUGCAGAUGGAAACCUGUGUCGAAGUAACCAGCUGUUACAAGUCAUGCUGACCAUGCACCGAAUUCUCAUUUCCUCUGCUGAACUGCUGCAAAAAGUGAUCACCCUCUAUAAGGAUGCCUUGGCAAAGAAUUCACCAGGGCUUUGCCUGAAGAUCUGCUAUUUUGUAAGGUACUGGAUAACGGAAUUCUGGAUCAUGUUUAAAAUGGAUACCAGCUUGGCACACACCAUGGAGGAAUUUCAGGAGUUGGUAAAAGCUAAUGGCGAGGAGCUCCACAGCCGCCUGAUUGACACAACUCAAAUCAAUUCCCGUGACUGGUCCAGGAAACUGACUCAAAGGAUAAAAUCUAACACCAGCAAGAAACGGAAAGUCUCCCUGCUCUUUGACCAUCUGGAGCCAGAAGAGCUCUCAGAGCACCUUACCUACCUGGAGUUCAAGUCCUUCCGGAGGAUAUCGUUCUCCGAUUAUCAGAAUUACCUAGUGAAUAGCUGCGUGAAGGAGAACCCCACCAUGGAGCGGUCCAUCGCCCUCUGUAACGGCAUCUCCCAGUGGGUUCAACUCAUGGUUCUCAGCCGCCCCACCCCACAGCUCCGAGCUGAAGUCUUCAUCAAGUUCAUCCAGGUGGCUCAGAAACUCCACCAGCUACAAAACUUCAAUACGUUGAUGGCUGUGAUAGGAGGGCUAUGUCAUAGCUCAAUCUCCAGACUCAAGGAGACAAGUUCACAUGUCCCGCAUGAAAUCAAUAAGGUUCUGGGUGAGAUGACCGAGCUCCUGUCCUCCUGUAGAAACUAUGACAACUACCGGCGUGCCUAUGGGGAGUGCACCCACUUCAAGAUCCCCAUCCUGGGGGUGCACCUCAAGGACCUCAUCUCCCUGUACGAAGCCAUGCCUGACUAUCUGGAGGAGGGCAAGGUGAACGUCCACAAGCUGCUGGCCCUUUACAAUCAUAUCAACGAACUGGUCCAACUGCAGGAGGUGGCCCCGCCCUUGGAGGCCAACAAGGACUUGGUGCAUCUGCUAACGUUAUCCUUAGAUCUCUACUACACUGAAGAUGAAAUCUAUGAGCUUUCCUAUGCCCGGGAACCCAGGAACCACAAGGCUCCGCCACUCACACCUUCAAAGCCACCAGUAGUAGUGGACUGGGCCUCUGGAGUAUCUCCCAAACCUGACCCAAAGACCAUAAGCAAACACGUGCAGAGGAUGGUGGAUUCUGUCUUCAAGAAUUAUGAUCAUGACCAGGAUGGAUACAUCUCCCAGGAAGAAUUUGAAAAGAUUGCUGCAAGUUUUCCAUUUUCCUUCUGUGUAAUGGACAAAGACAGGGAAGGCCUCAUCAGCAGGGAUGAGAUCACAGCGUAUUUCAUGAGGGCAAGCUCAAUAUACUCCAAGCUGGGCCUGGGCUUUCCUCACAACUUCCAAGAGACCACCUACCUGAAGCCUACUUUCUGUGACAACUGUGCUGGAUUUCUCUGGGGAGUGAUCAAACAAGGGUAUCGGUGUAAAGACUGUGGGAUGAACUGCCACAAACAGUGCAAAGAUCUGGUUGUGUUCGAGUGCAAGAAGCGAGCCAAGAAUUCAACAGCUCCCACAGAGAACAGCACCUCUUUGGGGCCAACGCCCAACCUUUGCUCCUUGGGAGCCAAAGAUCUGCUCCACGCACCUGAGGAAGGGCCUUUCACAUUCCCCAAUGGGGAGGCUGUGGAACACAGUGAGGAGAGUAAGGAUCGGACCAUCAUGCUCAUGGGAGUGUCCUCACAGAAGAUUUCUGUUCGGCUGAAGAGGACUGUUGCCCAUAAGGCCACUCAGACCGAAUCACUGUCUUGGCUUAGCAGCGAGGGCCCUUCUGGUCACUUUGUGCUAUCUUCCCCAAGGAAGACAGCCCAGGAUACUCUGUACGUGCUUCCCAGCCCUACAUCUCCGUGUCCCAGCCCAGUCUUGGUCAGAAAGCGGGCUUUCGUCAAGUGGGAGAAUAAAGAAUCCCUCAUAAAAUCAAAGGAAGAGCUCCGUCACCUCAGACUCCCCACCUACCAAGAGCUGGAACAGGAAAUAAACACCCUGAAAGCAGAUAAUAAUGCUCUUAAGAUCCAACUGAAAUAUGCACAGAAGAAGAUAGAAACCCUCCAGCUUGCAAGAAGUAAUCAUGUCUUGGCUCAGAUGGAGCACGGUGACUGUUCUUAGCCCAGAAAUUCAAGCAGCACAACCUAUAGAUGAGGAUAUCAGAGAUCUCAUUUCCUAAUAAACCUCUCAACACAAAGACCUGGGGAACCUUAGAUUGACUGGCUUUAAAAAUGAUACUUUAAAAAAAGAAAGCUGGUUACUCUUUUUUUUAACCUAAAAUACUCUUAAUGUGUGGUGUAUUCCAGUCUGUUGAAUCAAAGGAGAAGAAAGCUGAAGAAUGCAAAAUUUUUGCCUUCAUACCACAAACUUUUUUUUCCCUGGGACUAAUGUCAAAAGCAUGAUAAAAACAUGACUAAAGUUUUCUGACAAGGUAGCUUCUUCUAUGUGGCCUGCCCGGCUGCUUCUUCCUUAGAACUAAAAUCCCUGGAAUAUUAAUUUGCUUCCUUCCUCUUUUUCUGAGGCAUUUACUUUGUUCCAUCCAAAGUCUGCUUAUAAUGGAAGAAUAACCACCUUCCAAAAGUAGAAUCAUUUUCUAUGUAUUUCAGCAUUCUUUAUGAAUCCGGUUCCCACUUCACUACCUCAGAUCUAAUCGACUUGCCUUUUCCCCUCCUUCCUCACUACAUUCUCACACAGAUGAGAAUAUCUACCUAUAAGAGAACCUCUAGAGAUGUAGCCACAAACUUUGGGGGUUAUUAAACAACAUGACAUCAUCCAAUUACAGGUCAGUUCAUAGUUUGUCUCACAGUCAUAAUAAAGUAAGUAACCAAAUUAAGUACCUGGAAACAUGGCUAUUAGCAUCUCAUACAUGGCCGGCUAAUUAGCAAAAAUAAACAAUGCAAACAUGAUGUUUGUCCCUCAUAUAACCUACACUGGAUAGAAUUAAGUAUUUGUAGCUUUUAAAAAAUGAUCUGUUUAACUCUCAUGUGCCAUCCUUAUAUAUUUUUUGAAGUAACUUUUUGAACUGAAUUUGUGCUUGUACUGUCUUCACUAUUAAUACUAUUUAGAAAUAAGCUAAUUGGACCAGAGGCUUCAAUAAUAGCUGACAGCAUGUACAUAUGUAUAUAUUAUGUAUAUACAAUAUCAGACAUGCAUGUGACUUAGAAUUGUUUCCUCCUUCAUAAAAUAUGAAGUGAAUUAAACGACUUUUGGUCAUGUACAAAUUCACAAAGUUCACUUUGUUGCAAGAUGAAGAAAUUCUUUAUAAUGUAAACUGCACUGUUUAGCAAAAUCAUAAGUAAGAGUCCUUUUGAGUUUUCUAUUAAUGACGGUUAAUGAUAAAUGGGCUCAUUUAAUUAUCUGGGCAACUAUU